AUGGGUAAGGGAUUUAACAAUUACAUGUGUAAGAAAUUCUUCCAUCCAGCGUCUCGUGACAAUUUGAAGAGGGUAUGGAUGGCAGAACAGAAAGCUGAAGCUUACAAAAAGAAGCAAGAAGAGUUACGGCAGCAAUAUGAGAAAGAACAAGAUCUGCAUGAUAAUAAAGCUAUGCUUAGUAAAGAGAGUAAAGAUAAGUUGAGUAUCAGUUUCAUGUAUGAGCCUCCUCCUGGCGCUAGGAAAGAAAGAGAACGUGAAGAUAAUGAACCAGAGUACAAAUUUGAAUGGCAAAGGAAGUACAAUGCACCUAGAGAAAGUUACUGCAAAGGAGACCAAGAAAUUAGGGAUCAACCUUUUGGUAUUCAAGUCAGGAACGUACGGUGUAUAAAGUGUCACAAAUGGGGUCACAUAAAUACUGAUAAGGAAUGUCCCAUGUACAGUCUCUCCAUGAGUGCUGCCAGAUCUUUAGAAAAUACAACAGUAUUGGAUCAAAAAUCAUUGGUGCAACAAAUGCUAGAUGAUGGUCUUGCACUCAAAAAACAACAUGUAAAUACUGUGGAAGCCAAUAAACAUCUUUUACUCAGCGAAGAUGAGGAUGCUAAUACUGAGACAGCUUUUUUAAAAUCGCUUACCAAAAAACAGAAAAAGGCUUUGUUGAGGAAGUUAGAAAAGCUAGAAAGGGAACCAGAAGAAAAGAAACCUAAAGAAGAAAGUGAAGAUUCAUCUGAUGAUGACAGGAAAAGGAAAUAUUCUAAAAAAAUGAAGUCCAACAAUUACAAAAAACACGAAUCGGGAUCUGAUGAUUGUGACCGAAAGAAAUACAGGAGGAGCAGAAGUCGGAGUAGAGAUAGAAAACGAAGAUCUGACAGUGAAUACGGAUAUGGUUCAUCUAAAAGAAGGCAGCAGUCGAAAUAA